GUGUGCAAUGCAAUGCAUUUUUACUGACAUAAACCGAUCGGUUCGUGUUCGAUUCAAAGUCUAGACGCAAAUGCCGGGGCUCAGUUCAACGCGGUAUGAGAGCUGGGAGAUGGAAUAUGAUCGUUAUCAGCACUAUUUCUACGAUGACCACGACUCCGAGGAGGAUUUCUACAAAUCAACGGCACCGAGCGAGGACAUCUGGAAAAAAUUCGAACUGGUGCCCACCCCGCCCAUGUCACCCAUUCGGACCCUGGAUGGUGCCACGAUGUGUCCCUCGCCGGGAGACAAGCUUGAGUGGGUGUCCCAGUUCUUAGGACAGGACGAGGAGCAGGAGGCACAAUACAAAUUUGACACCAAGGAGAUAUUCGGGAACCUAAGCUCCAUUAUCAACCAGGACUGCAUGUGGAGCGGCUUUUCCGCGAGCCAGCGCCUGGACAAAGUUGUUAGUGAGCGUCUAUCCGGCUCGGGGCAAACGAAGACGCACCUUGGCGUCCAAACGGGUAUAACUACUGUCAGCAGAUCACAAUGCGCUACACAGGAUUUGCAGGUUGUCGGCAACUUGACGACAGAUUGCGUGGAUCCAGCAGCUGUCUUCACCUACCCCUUCGCCAGCGGCUGUAAGAAGCAGGCGUCGUCGGGGUCAGAGUCCCGCACAGAUUCCUCUGACGACGAGGAGAUCGAUGUGGUGACGGUGGAGAACAAGCAGAACAAAAGCCGGCUGAUGAGCGGGCGCAAGCCGGUGACCAUCACGGUUCGCGCCGACCCCCACGACCCCUGCAUGAAGCGCUUCCACAUCUCCAUCCACCAGCAGCAGCACAACUACGCCGCCCCGUCGCCCGACAGCGACCCCGAAGACGAGCCGCCUGGCAAGAAAGCCAAGCGGGAGCCAUGCUGCCACCACCCGGGCCCCGCCCCUUCGCAUGCGGAGAAGAAGCCCCCCGCCUCUGCCCCGACCCCUGCCCCUGCCCCCCCAUCUCAGACGGACAGCCCUCAUAGUUCCGACAGCGAGGACACGGACAAGCGCAAGACCCACAACUUCCUGGAGCGGAAGAGGCGCAACGACCUGCGCUCCCGCUUCCUGGCGCUGCGGGACCAGAUCCCGGGCCUGGCCAACAGCACCAAAACGCCCAAGGUGGUGAUCCUGACCCAGGCCGCAGAGUACCUGGAACAGCUGCACACCAGCGACAGGCACAAAGCCCAGGAGAGGAGGCAGCUCAAGGCCCGGCAGCAGCAGUUGCUGAAAAGGCUGGCAGAACUGAGGCACUCUGAAAAGUAAUCAAAACAAGAACUUAAAAACUGCUGUGCACAAAGCAAACUAUGAACUUCUCUAAAACAGGGGUAUAUCUCAGUCUGCCUUCAAACCCAACAUGGAUGGGGGCAUGGAGAACUUUCUGUGGGGGGUGCAGGUGUCAUUCUUUCCUGUUUUCUUUUACAUAAGGUUCAAAAUGAUCGCUAGGCUGUAAUCUGAGGGGAGAAUAUAUUAGACGGUGUCUCAGUGUUCUUCUGGAAACAUCCCAAACCCGGUGGUCCAUGUAAGAUGGUAAUGCCAAAAAUAGAUCAUUUUAUUUAACAUGUUACUUUUUCUGUGUCCCUGGCAUAGACAUUGCAGUGUAAACAUUGGUUAAAAAGGUCAUGUGAAUGCACGUACACCAAAACAUGCAAAACAUGAACAUGAAAUGCCUCCACAGUACAUUGCUCAUUUCUAUUUCUAUCAGUUCUUUUCUUUUAAUCUUCUGUAAAAAGGGAGUCGUGAAAGUAAUUGCAAGUAUGGUAAGGGUUCUACCAUACUGUAAACCCCACCAUGGCUGUUGUUACCUUAUUGAUAGCAUUUAAUUUCACUGAAAUGUAAUUCAAGACCAUCUAAGUAAAACCUCAUGUUCCAGAAGGGAAUGGUAUUAGCACCAGGGGUACAUUCACAAACGGGUGAUUCCUUUUUCUAAAAUGGCUCAUUAGCCAGUUUGUUAGCUAACCCAAAGUUUUCAAAUGGCACUCCUGCUGGUGACCUACACAUAGGCGAGGCAGAGAACUUCCCUUUAUUCAGCAAGUGUCCUGAACUUCUUUCUGCAUGACAUGCAGUCCUUCAAAUUUAAAUAACGAUGAUCACCCAUUAGCAGCUAAUUCAUUUCUACUUGAUUGCCUCUGUGAUGCUGCAA